UGCCAUGACCUUCGCCGAGCUCGUUGACCGCGUGGCCAGCAAAGGACCCUUCCAGUUCCUGCACACAGUCCUGCUCGGCCUCCCGAUCCUGAGCAUGGCCAACCACAACCUGCUGCAGAUCUUCACAGCGGCCACCCCCGCCCACCACUGCCGCCCGCCACCCAACGCCUCCGCGGGGCCCUGGGUGCUCCCCGUGGGCCUGAAUGAGAAGCCUGAGCCGUGCCUCCGUUUUGUAUAUCCACCCAACGCCAGCCUGCCCAAUGACACCCAGGGGGCCACCGAGCCCUGCCUGGAUGGCUGGACCUACGACGUCAGCACCAGGGACUCCAUUGUGACUGAGUGGGACCUGGUGUGCAACUCCAACAAACUGAAGGAGAUGGCCCAGUCUGUCUUCAUGGCGGGCAUACUGAUUGGGGGGCUCGUGCUGGGAGACCUGUCUGACAGGUUUGGCCGCAAGCCCAUCCUGACCUGCAGCUACCUGCUGCUGGCUGCCAGCGGCUCAGGUGCAGCUUUCAGCCCCACCCUCCCCAUCUACACAGUCUUCCGCUUCCUGUGUGGCUGCGGCAUCUCAGGCAUCACCCUGAGCACCACGAUCUUGAGUGUCGAGUGGGUGUCCACCCGGAUGCGGGCCAUCAAGUCGAUUUCACUUGGUUAUUUCUACACCAGUGGCCAGUUCAUUCUGCCUGGCCUGGCCUACGCCAUCCCCCAGUGGCGCUGGCUCCAGUUAACCGUGUCCAUUCCCUUCUUUGCCUUCUUCCUGUUGUCCUGGUGGCUGCCAGAGUCCAUACGCUGGAUGAUCCUGUCUGGAAGGUCCUCCAAGGCCCUGAAGACAUUCCGGCAGGUGGCAGCCUUCAAUGGCAAGAAGGAGGAAGGAGAAGCACUCAGCCUGGAGGAAAUCAAACUCAACCUGCAGAAGGAGAUCACCUUGGCCAAGGCCAAGCACAGCAUAGCUGACCUGUUCCGGACACCCAUCCUGCGCCGUGUGACCUUCUGUCUUUCCCUGGCCUGGUUUUCCACCGGAUUUGCCUACUACAGUUUGGCUAUGGGUGUGGAGGAAUUUGGCGUCAAUCUCUAUGUUCUCCAGCUCAUCUUUGGUGGGGUUGACGUCCCAGCCAAGUUCAUCACUAUGGUCUCCAUAAGCUAUCUGGGCCGGCACACCACGGAGGCCGUUGUUCUACUCCUGGCAGGGGGAUGCAUCCUGUCUCUCAUCUUUGUGCCUUCGGACUUGUUGACCCUGAGGACAGUACUGGCUGUGUUUGGGAAGGGAUGCUUGUCCAGCUCCUUCAGCUGCCUCUUCCUCUACUCGAGCGAGCUAUACCCCACAGUCAUCAGGCAAACAGGUAUGGGCAUAAAUAACCUGUGGACCCGCGUGGGAAGCAUGACGGCCCCACUGGUGAAAAUCACCGGGGAGCUGAAGCCCUUCAUCCCCAACGUCAUCUUUGGGACCAUCGCCCUCCUGGGAGGCAGUGCAGCCCUCUUCCUGCCUGAGACGCUCAAUCGGCCCUUGCCAGAGACUGUUGAAGACUUAGAAAACUGGUCCCUGCAGGCAAAGGAGCCAAAGCAGGAGCCAGAAGCGGAAAACGCAUCCCAGAGGAUCCCUCUGCAGCCUUGUGAACUGGGCCUGGGCCCCAACUGA